AUGGCGCAUGAUUCAAAGUGGAAUGUCCAGGAUAAUAUAUGGCACUUUGCUGUCACAGAUCCCCAACUUCACUCCAAAGGAUUUACAGUUUAUAAAGUUACCUGCAAGACUUUCCCCAUAAGAUCACCUGAGGCAUUAACUGAAGUUGUGUGCUGGAAGAGGUACAAUGAUUUCAAAGUACUUCACAAAUCUUUGUUGGCUCUACAUAAAGCUCUUCAUAGGAGAGACCAGUUUCCUGAGUUUGCUAAGCCCAAAUUAUUCGGCCGCUUUGAUGAAAAUGUAAUAGAAGAAAGAAGGAUGAGCUCCCUUGAGCUGCUGAAUUUUGUGGCUACACAACCUCAUCUCUACAAGUCGUUAGUUUUUAAGCAGUUUUUAGAAGAAGGAAAAACUGACACAGACAUCGGCACAGAACCGUCUCUGAUGCAACCAGAACCUUCCAGCCUGGAAAGCGUGUCUGGUGAACUUGGUAGCAGUUUAAAUCCAAAAUGUCAACUGAAAUCAGAUGUCCAGCACAAUUUCAGUAGUGUAAAACCUACCUCAUUUGGAGCCAAGUUUGAGCAGGGGAAGAAAGAACAAGCAGGCCUGCAGCCUGGAAAUGGUUCUCAAAGGAAUAAUAAUGCAAAGAUGGCAGUUCUGGAGGGCACCUGGAACUUUCCUCAAGUAUCUGACAACAUCAGCCUGAGCUCAUCCACCGGAGAUGACACCAACGACACAGAUGAUGAAUCCAUAUUGGCGACCUCUUUUCCUGACACUGACCUUGCUUACUUUGACCCCAUAAAUAUUGAUACCACUAUGACUGAAGUGACUGAGAUCAGUGAAGAUACUCUACGGAGCAACAGUUGGUUACUUGAGGGUCUCAACAUUAGCUCAGUUAUGAAAUCUGACAUUGCGAAUAACUGUGUUCAAGAUGAAGAUGAGACAACCACCCCUAUCUUUGUGAAGUCUUCCAAUGACAGGACUGACACAGUCCUUAACUCAGGAUCAGUGGCUUCAUCUUCAACACUGGGGAAGCAAUCAGAUGUAGAUAAUCCUGUUACCAGCAGCAGAAAGGGGAGUUUUGGUAGUGGUAAAACCACACCAAGUAAGACAGCUGACUUAGAAGAGUUUGAUCCUCUGGGACCGACAUCCCAAAGCCCAGAUGGUGCUAAAGUAGAAUGUGGCAGAGGAGAUCUUGACUUGUCCUUGGAGGAGCAGGGAUCGAUUAGUGUUUCUUCUGAUGUAUCUAGCUGCUCACAUGGGUCUCAGAGCUCUUCCUACAUGCAGUCACAGGACAGAGUACACACAGAACAUACCAAGAAAUCUGGCAGAUCCCAGAAUGCUGGCUCUGAUAAAUCAGAAGAUUCAGAAAAGACAUCAUCGAGCAAAUCCACACCCACAAGUUUGCUGAAGAGACUGGUGUCAGGAAGUCCUGUGGCUCAGAAGCCUCAGUCUCUUGUAGACCAGAAUGUGGCAUCAUCUGAUCUUAAUGGCAAAGAAGACUACAUUUAUCUGGCAGCAAAUCACAUCAGUAUGGCCCAGAAUAGUGAAGUCAACGGAGAAUAUGAAAUUGCUUUUGCUUAUUAUAAAAGUGGUGUGGGCAUUCUUCUUCAGGGUGUUCAAGGUGACACAAAUCAGUCGAGAAGAGAUGCAGUCAGAAGAAAAACAGCACAGUACUUAAUGAAAGCAGAGGAUCUUUUUAACAGAUAUUUGGCAGAUGAAAAUGUAGAUGAACGGAGAUGGGGAGUAGACAGCUUUUUCUCGCCGUCGCUGGACCUAGAUCCUUCAUUUGCGUUUAUCAGGGGCUCUGUAAGGGAACUUCGUAACUUCCAAGUGUUGGGCUACAUUGACAAAGUAGUUUUAGUACGGGACAAGGUCACAGAUGAGACCUUUGUGAUAAAGUCAGUUCCAAAGUCCACUCCUGAUGUUGUACGCACACAAAGUAUUCUUCCAACUUCAUGCCCUUACAUGGUCAACCUACACAAGUUCUAUGAGACUGAUGAUUCCGUGUUUUUGCUUCUCCAGUAUGCCAGUGGGGGAAAACUCUGGACAUACAUUGGGGAUUACUUGAAUAGUGACAGGGGUCUCCAAGCCAAUGGAGACAUGGAUGUAAACACCAUGAAGGCUAAUGUGAGAAACAUCUAUUCUGGAGGAAAACCUGAAACGGCCAAUAAAAGCAUUAAUGAAUUAGACAGUGUAGCUGCAGAGUCAGUUGAUGUGUUUAAACAAAAGACUGAUUCACGACAAGCAGAUAGAGAUUUGAGCUUUGAAGGCGCUUCCAGAGGUAAUGUCCAGUCCGCAGAGACCAUCGAUGUGAUGAGAUUUUCAGAUCUACGAGAGAAGCAUGAAUUAUAUUCAGUAGAUGUUGUAGUCAAGGAUUCUUGCCAUGAUGAAAGCUUUGAUGCUGAAGGCAUGGUUUCUCCUGAUAUUUCAGAGAGCCAUGACAGGUUUGAUGAUUCAGAUUUGAAUGAUGUGUUUAAGCAUGCACAUAAAAAGCAGUCACGGAACCGGAGGUUUUCAAGCCUUUCUGAUGAUUGCGCACAAGCAUAUGAAGAUGAAGCUUGUGCGGUGUCACCGUCCAUCGAUGAAGACCAUUUUCAUUUUCUUCUGCAUGAAAACCGUGGAAACUUAGAAGCUUUCUCAAUCAACAGCAUCGACAGCGAGGAUACCAGUCGUAAUAGUUUAUCUUUUCAUGAGAGAACACACAGCAUAACAGAACAUUGCGAGGAUGUUAGCUCAGCCAAACAUGUCACCUCCCGCCAAAUUAGCGCUGAUGAAGUGUUUCAUCUCUCACGGAAGGAAACACUUCCUGUGAAUUUCGUAGACAAAGUCAGACAUGCAAGUACAGAUGGCGUUUUCUCACAGAAUAUUUCUAGCAGACUGGUCUCAGUUGUCAGAGAAGACUUACUUAGAUAUUCUGAAGAGCUCCCUAAGCAUUCACAGGAAAACCUGGUAGCAGAAACACUUCAAGUGAAUCCCAGAGACAAAGUUGAACAUGCAUGUACAGAUGGCGUUUUCUCACAAGAUAUUUCUAGCAGACUGGUCUCUGUUGUCAACUCAGAAGACUUAUCAAGACAUUCUGAUGAGCUCCCUAAGCAUUCACAAGAAAACCUGGUAGCAGAAACACUUCCAGUGAAUUCCAGAGAUGAAGCUGAACAUGCAUGUACAGAUGGUGUUUUCUCAGAAAAUAUUUCUAGCAGACUGGUUUCUGUUGACAACUCAGAAGACUUAACAAGACAUUCUGAUGAGCUCCCAAAGCAUUCAGAAGAAAUCUUAGUAGCAGAAAUGUAUGAUAAAAGUCAGGACAAUGACAACAUAUCCACUGUUGAGAAUCCACAGAGUUGUGCUUGUUUAGAGACCCAUUCUUGUUAUUCAGAUGACAUCAUUCAAGAAACCAGUAACUCAGUCACAAAUAAAUCCCCAGAAGAUAUCACAGCAGAAAGCUCUGUACACUCGCCGUCAUCAUCUAGAAAAGUUCCUUUCAGUCCAGCUGAGAAUGACCUGGGUAUGGAUACAUCAAUAAAUAACAUGGCUGCUACAGCUAAUAAUAUUGACGUAGAACCUGUCACUGCAAAAGAUUCUGCUGUUCAUGAAGAGUCUGAAAACCCUUUCAUUAAGAAGGAUUCAGAAAAUACAAGUGCAAAUCGUCAGUCUUCUGUAGCAGCCAGUAUUACUAGCGCCUCCUUUAGACAUGUUAGUACUCCCCGAAAGCUGUCUCUAAAUCGCAUUAGUUCAAAAGACAUGACGAGAUCUGCAUCUUUUGAGUGUGACCUGAAAUCUCCCACCCGUAAUAGAGCUAGAGCAGUAUCUGAUUUGUUUGAGCGGUUGGACUCAACAAACAAAGAGCAGAUUCAGAUUCCAGAAGCCAGCAUAAGAAAGUGGAUGGCCCAGUUGGUUACUGCUGUUUCAAGACUUCAUUCACUGGGUAUUAUAUGUAGGGAUUUGAAACCAAGUAACAUUCUAUUGGGCGAUGGUGGACAGGUGUAUUUGACCUACUUUUGCAGCUUAGGUCAUGGCGACCCAGAGCUGGACUGGGAAGCUGUACAGAAUCUUUAUGCAGCACCUGAGGUCAGCUCAGUGAGUGGUUAUGACAGGACCUGUGAUUGGUGGAGCAUUGGUGCUUUGCUUUAUGAGCUUAUAGUUGGACGGAGUCUGAUUGAGUGCCAUCCGGGAGGAAUCAACUCUCACACCUGUCUCUAUGUGCCCGCAUUUGUUUCCAGUGAAGCAAGAGGACUUCUUGAGGGGCUACUCAACCACAACCCUCACGAAAGGCUGGGAUCAGGAAUGGCAGGUUCCGAAGAAAUCAAAGCGCACCCAUUUUUCUCUGGUGUAGACUGGCAUACCCUUGAGUAUUCAUAA